UUUACAGUUAUUGUUUGAAUCGACUGCCUGCUGUGUAGUGUUCCAGUUCACACCGGAAUCAAAUGGUGAAGAAUUCGUUUCUAAGGUUCCAGCGUAUUAUGAUAAACUCAACUCGUGGCUGGGGCAAAUUCUGCAACUAGAUGCACCACAGGUUCCCAUCGACAUUUGCGAAUUAGAAAAUAUCGGAGUUGUUUUGAGAUUUUGCCCCUUUGAGAAUGUUAUGGGACAACAACCGAACGCAGAAGAAAUCCAACUGUUUGUUCAGUGUCUUGAACAACAGUUAGUUAUUCUGAGAGCGACGAUACAUCAUAGAGAUACUUUCAUUCAUUUGGUGGAGGCUUCUCCUGUACUGAAAAUUGUUGAACUUCCAGAGUGGGCAGGAAUGGGGGGAGUAAGAUAUUGUCCAGAAGGGUGGGAGCAGCUUUUAACGGAUCAAGCUAAAGAAGAGUUGAAUAAUUUGAAUAUGGCACUUGUUGAUUCGCUCAGAUCAACAGAUUCUGCUUUUUCACUGGGUGAGGAUGCUGAUGGUUUGAUGUGUGUGAGAUUUGGAAUGCUGACUCCGCAGUCGGACGUCGAAGAGCUUCUUAACCUUGUAGUGCGAGUCGGGCAGUCUGUCGAAGAGAAUUCCCGGGUUCUUGAUUCGAUGAGCGAAAUUGUUAAGAGAGGUGAGUCUCU